GAAUCAAAUAAGCAGUUUUGAGGUCAAGUUUAAGACUCAUAACCCCAAGGAGGUACCUACUCGUUUCGAUCUGGUUUGCAUUAAUGACGGUAAGUCUGUUCAUGUUUGUAAUCCCAGUACACAUGAAUUCAUAACAUUGCCAAAAUCUCCUUGUACCCAUUUAUUCCACUUCUGUGGGUUUAGGAUAUGUUCAGUCCACUGACAAGUAUAAAGUAGUUCGUUUGAUUAGCCCUGAUUAUGAGCUUGUAGAAGAUGGAGUCAGUGUCGAUGUUGAUUCAUUCAAGACGAAAUGUCAAGUCUUUACCUUGGGAACAGAAAGAAAGGGCUCUAGUUCUUGCUCUUCUUCUUCUUCUUGGGCUUGGAGAGAGGUGGUGGAUUCUCCAUACCAUGUUGGCUGUUCAAGUCCUCCAGCAUUUGUUAAUGGAGCCAUCCACUGGUUGGUUUACUAUGAUUAUGAUAUCGACGAUGAUGUCUACGAUGGGGAUAUGAUUGACCCUGAUAAUACGAUUGUUGCUUUUGACCUCGAGAGCGAAAAAUUCAGAUUAGUCCCACAUCCUGAAGGUUGUCCUGAUAUUAGUUCUUUACAACAUUUUGAGCAACCCCAAUUGGUGGAGUUGAGAGGGUUGCUAUGCCUUUCAUGUGUUCAAGGUUCCAAAAUGGACAUAUGGAUAUUAAAAGACUACAACUACGAGAGUGGUAAUGAUCAUAUCCGUGGUACUUGGGUGAAAGAAUACAGUAUUGAUCUUAAUGUCUUGCACCCUAGCUACCAAAUGUGGGAUAGCCCUUUUCACUACUUUGCACCUAUAGACAUAGAGGACACAAAGGUGCUAAUUGAGUCACAUAUGAGAGGUGUAGGCUAUUACCAUCUCCAAAGCAAAAAGUUCAAGGGAUUUAUGCAUAGUAGCAGACAAAUGCCAUAUCUAAAGUUCAGUUUCUAUGUGGAGAGUUUGCGCCCACUAAAACGAACAAUUAGCACAGGGGAAACAUUGAAGCAGCUGAAGCAAAAGCAAAAGUGAAAAGCCACUCUCUGGCUAUAAUUAACCCGUAAGCAAAUUGUUGGGUGACUGG